AGACCGGCUCUUAGAAAUUCGUGAAUCACUAAUCACACAUUCACAUUCCCACUGAAAUAGGCAACUUGUCCACUUGAUUCUGUACACAAACUCCAUUAAUAAAUUCACCCAAAAACCUUAGUCUGGAGUGCUAGCAGAAUUUCUCGUGUCAAGGUUUUCACCUCUUUUCUAAAAAAACCUCUAGUUUCCACAAUAUCUGGAAUUACCCUUUUAUUUUCCAUAACGUAUUUGAUUUUUAGAUCUAAUAAUCUUUUGCAUUUCAAGCAUCACCAUAUUCAAAUUAAUUUAAUUCAAUAAACGAUUAUUCAAAACCCUGAACCCACUUUCUAUUCUUGAAAAGAUUCUCUUUUAGCAUUUUAAAUUUGCUUAUUCCAUUUUGGCUAUAGGGAAAAACUAUGGAGUCAAGUGCAACAGCCAUGAAUGUCAAAACCAAUAUAACAGCAGCUGGAAAGAAACAAUUUUUAGGAGAGAAAAUCAAACAAAGUUUAAAGGGUAAAGAUCUAAGAGCUGUAUUUUCCAAGAAUUUAAGUGCAGAUAGCAAGGGAAGAAAGUUCAAUAAGCCUGGAAUUGCUUUCUCUGUUCUCACUUCUAAUUUCAAUCAAAGUGUCAAAGAGAAUUUGAAAUUUGAGCCAGCAUUGUUUGAAACUCCAAAAGCUGACCCCAAAAAUGUGGCUGCAAUUGUUUUAGGUGGUGGUGCUGGAACUCGUCUAUUUCCUCUUACAAGCAGGAGAGCUAAACCAGCAGUGCCAAUCGGAGGAUGUUACAGGCUCAUCGAUGUGCCUAUGAGCAAUUGCAUCAACAGUGGCAUUCGAAAGAUUUUUAUCCUUACACAAUUCAAUUCGUUCUCGUUAAAUCGUCAUCUUGCUCGGACAUAUAAUUUUGGAGAUGGUGUUAAUUUUGCGGAUGGCUUUGUGGAGGUUUUUGCUGCGACUCAAACGCCUGGAGAAGCAGGAAAGAGGUGGUUCCAGGGCACUGCUGACGCAGUGAGACAGUUUUUCUGGGUAUUUGAUGAUUCCAAGACCAAGGAUGUUGAGCAUAUCGUUAUUUUAUCUGGUGAUCAUCUUUACCGAAUGGAUUACAUGAAUUUUGUGCAGAAGCAUAUUGACACCAAUGCUGAUAUUACAGUUUCAUGUAUACCCAUGGAUGACAGCCGAGCAUCAGACUAUGGGUUGAUGAAGAUUGAUCACACUGGGCAGAUAGUCCAAUUUGCAGAAAAACCAAAGGGCUCUGAUCUUAAAGCAAUGCAAGUAGAUACAAUGGUUCUUGGGCUCUCCGACAUGGAAGCCAGGGCAAACCCGUAUAUUGCAUCAAUGGGUGUUUAUGUUUUUCGAACCGAUGUACUGAAGGAGCUUCUCAAUAGGAAAUACCCCUCGAGCAAUGAUUUUGGGUCUGAGAUUAUUCCAUCAGCUGUAGGAGAUUACAAUGUUCAGGCGUAUUUAUUCAAUGACUACUGGGAGGAUAUUGGGACAAUAAAAUCUUUCUUUGACGCUAAUUUGGCACUUACAGAACAGCCUCCUAAAUUUGAAUUUUAUGACCCAAAGACACCUUUUUAUACAUCUGCCAGAUUUCUGCCUCCUUCAAAGGUUGACAGAUGCAAGAUUGUCGAUUCCAUAGUAUCCCAUGGUUGUUUCAUUCAUGAUUGCGUCAUCCAACACUCCAUCGUCGGAGUUCGCUCAAGAUUGGAGUCCGGAGUCGAGUUUCAGGACACUAUGAUGAUGGGUGCUGAUUAUUAUCAAACCGAAUCCGAAAUCGCCUCUCUGCUUGCAGAAGGGAAGGUUCCUAUUGGUGUUGGACGAAACACAAAAAUUAGGAACUGCAUAAUUGACAAGAAUGCUAAAAUCGGAAAAGAUGUGGUAAUCGCAAAUACGGAUGGUGUUGAAGAAGCGGACAGACCAAACGAAGGCUUCUACAUCAGGUCAGGCAUAACCAUCAUAUUGAAGAACACAACCAUACAAGACGGUUUAAUAAUCUAGAUUUAGCCACUCAAACUUGUCGAGAUGAACUAAAUUAUGCAUAUUUAGUUUUCCACUUACAUAAACCACGAGUCCCUCGUGUGUGUAUAGAAUUAUAUCAUUAUAAUCAUUUGAGAAGCUAAGGGAGCAUUUUUUUUCCUA